UUUGCCGGCAAGUGGCACACCGUGCGGGUGCAAGUUUUCACUGGUCUAUUGUAACUGUGUGGCCUAUACAUGGAGCGGGAGCUUGAGAUUCGGCAGCCUCCCAACCCCGUCGAGACAGCCAGCUGCAUUUCCAGGCUUCUGUUCAGCUGGGUGACUCCACUGUUUCGCGAGGGCUACCGACGCACGCUGCAAGUGGAGGACCUCUACGCUUGUCCGAAGUGGGAGCGCUCUGAAAGGAAGGCCGAUCGGUUGCAAGCAGAAUGGGACGAGGAGAUAAGAAAGAUGAAGCAAGGCAAGCAGCCCGACCUGCUCAGGGCAAUUUUCAGAGCCUUCGGAUUCACGUACAUCAUGAUAUCGCUACUCGUACUGGUAGAGGAGUGCUUCAAGAAUGUAAUGCAGCCGAUGAUGUUGGGAUGGGUGGUGCGUUAUUUUGCCGCACCGGAAUCGAUCAGCAAGACCGAGUUCUACCUGUCGGCGGCAGGUGUGUCGAUCCUCGGAGGAAUGCACAUCUUCACGCAUCACCCGUAUUUCUUCAACAUGCAGAGAAUGGGCAUGCGCAUUCGCAUUGCUUGCUGCAGCCUCGUUUACAGAAAGGCGCUGCGUUUGAGCCAGGCAGCACUGUCAAAGACAGCCGUUGGGCAAAUGGUCAACCUGCUUUCGAACGACGUCAACAGGUUUGAUCAGUCAGUGCUUUUCGUGCCGUACUUGGUUGCGGGUCCACUGCAGACAGCCGUCAUAACGUGGGUGUUGUGGCAGCAUCUCGGCAUCAGCUGCAUAGCGGGAAUCUCAUUCAUUCUCCUCUACAUACCCUUCCAGGGAUGCCUCGGGAAGGCAUUCUCACGGCUCAGGGCAAAAACGGCUGCUUUAACGGACGAGCGCAUCCGGUUGGUCAACGAAUUCGUUGCUGGCAUGCGUGUCAUCAAGAUGUACACAUGGGAGACGCCUUUCGCCCUGCUGGUGAACAACAUGCGCCGACGCGAAGUACGCAUGAUCCAGCGUACGUCAGUGCUUCGUGCCGUCAACAUGGGCCUGUUCUUCAUGUCAUCCAAGCUGGUGCUGUUCCUCUGCUUCGUCACGUUCGCGCUUCUUGGAAACACCCUCACCUCGGAGUGCGUGUUCGUCAGCAUGUCGUUGUUCAACAGCCUGCGGCUCGCCAUGACCCUCUACUUUCCUUUUGGAGUUGGACAGGGAGCCGAGACACUCAUCUCGGUCAAGAGGUUGCAGAAGUUUCUUCUACUUGAAGAGCAAGAACAGACUGGCGCAUUGAAUGGCUCCAAGCUGCGUCCCAAGAUUCAUAAUUGCCGCGUGGAGUUGCAGAAUGUUACAGCAUCCUGGACAAAGGAGUCUUCCGAACCAACCCUGCGGAAUAUUACUGCCACUGUAAAGCCCGGCGAGCUGUUGGUAGUGAUUGGCCCAGUGGGUUGCGGCAAAACGUCACUACUGAUGGCAAUCCUUGGCGAGCUGCGUUUGUCGGCUGGCAGUGCAAAAGCGCUCGGCCGCAUCGCUUACGCUUCUCAAGAACCAUGGAUGUUCACAGGCAGCCUGCGAAACAAUGUGGUCUUCGACAGCACCUACGACCGAGAACGCUACCGGAAAGUGAUACACGCUGCCGCCAUGGAAAGGGACCUUUAUCUGCUACCAUACGGUGACAAGACAUUGGUGGGUGACAAAGGUGUUUCCCUUAGCGGCGGACAGAAGGCCAGGGUCAACCUUGCCAGGGCGCUCUAUUACGACGCUGACAUCUACCUGCUGGACGAUCCUUUAAGUGCAGUUGAUACUGCAGUCGCAAAGCAUCUUUUUGAAGUCUGCAUCCGCGGAUACUUGAAGAACAAAAUCGUCAUACUCUGCACUCAUCAGCUACAAUUCCUGAAAUCUGCGAACCACAUCCUCGUCCUGAAGGAGGGCAAGAUGCUCGCUUUAGGAAGUUACUGGCAGCUGCAACGUGCUGGAAUCGACUUCGUCUCUCUUCUCGAGGAGAAUCUGACUGUGCCGGACUCACGCCGCAGCUCGUUCGACGAACUGGCUGAGGAGACCUGUGCGCCUGUUGGAAGCGAGACCCUGGACGCCGCCUCACCUGGCGCCUUCUUCGAGUCCAAUUUGUCUCUGGCUGGUUCGUACGACGAUUCUCACUCCGACAUUUACCAGAGCAUGUCGGACAUCAAGGGAAGCGAAGUGCCUGUUGAGGCUGAAGAAACUCGCAGCACUGGCUCAGUCAAGAGCCACGUCUAUUGGAGCUACAUGCGUGCAGGGGCUGGUCCACUGCUGAUGCCGCUACUCUUCGUGAGCAGCAUCCUAGCGCAAGCUAUCUUCAACGGCAGCGACUUCUGGCUUACUUACUGGACGGGGCAGUCGGAGGCGGCUGCCAAAGCUGCCUUGUUGAACGGAACGGAGAUGACGGCUGUUGGUGUAAUUGCAACGGUGCUAAAUAAAACGCAAGGAACCACGUCUACAUGGACACAGUGGUGGUCUUCCCUGGAUACGGUGACCUACAAUGUUCUGGUCUACGCUAUCAUCAUCGGGGGCCUUCUCCUGUCGUCCAUGGCCCGCACAGUGGCCUUCUUUGUCAUGUGUAUGCGGGCCUCGGUGAACCUGCACAACCGCAUGUUCAGCUGCAUCAUCCGUGCGCCCAUACGCUUCUUCGACACGAACCCUAUUGGUAGAAUCCAAAAUCGCUUUUCAAAAGAUUUGGGCACCAUUGACGACCUCCUUCCACCCACUGGCUUGGAUAUAACCUUUAUAUUCCUGAAUCUGGUUGGCGUUCUGGUUGUGGUGGCAGUUAUCAGUCCGUGGAUAAUCAUCCCCACUCUCCUACUCUUCGUACUGUUUUUCUAUCUGCGCCGAUUUUAUAUGAGGACUGCCAGAGACGUGAAGCGCCUGGAGGGAGUGACACGAAGCCCAGUGUUCUCCCACCUUAGCACCUCCUUGUACGGCCUCAGCACAAUCCGGGCAUUCAAUGCGCAGCGUACCUUCGAACGCAUGUUUGACCUGAAACAAGACCACCACACGGCAGCUUGGUACAUGUUCCUCUGCACGGCUAGAUGGUUUGGCAUAACGCUGGAUUCAAUCUGCUUCGCUUACAUCACCAUCGUCACCAUGUCUCUGGCUCUGUCAUUAGAUGGUUCAGUGUCCGGUGGUGGAGUCGGUCUAGCCAUCGCAAAUGCCCUUAUGCUCACUGGAAUGUUCCAGUGGGGCGUGAGACAGUCAGCGGAAAUUGAAAGCCAGAUGACCUCGGUGGAGCGUGUUCUUGAAUACAGCAACGUGGAGCCAGAGGCGCAGCUGGAGUCUUUGCCUGGCAAGAAACCACCAGCCACGUGGCCGGAACAUGGUGCGGUCAAGUUUGAGGGUGUCUCUCUGUCAUACGCGAAGGGCGAGCCUCCCGUACUUAAGGACUUGCGCUGUCACAUCAAGGCCAGAGAGAAGAUUGGUGUCGUUGGCCGUACGGGUGCUGGUAAGAGCUCCAUCAUCGCUGCGCUGUUCCGAAUGACAGAGCCAGAUGGAGCCAUCCUGAUUGACGGCAUUGAUAUCAGAUUCAUCGGCCUACAUGACCUGCGCCGCAAGAUCUCUAUCAUUCCGCAGGAUCCGGUUUUGUUCACUGGACCCAUAAGGCGCAACUUGGAUCCUUUCUCCGAACACAGUGAUGCGGAACUCUGGAAGGCCCUGGAAGAGGUGCGCCUGAAGGCCUCCAUCGAAGACCUUCCAGGUGGUCUUUCUACUGAAGUCUGUGAAGGCGGCGGCAAUUUCAGCGUGGGUCAGCGCCAACUCAUUUGCCUCGCCAGGGCUGUGCUACGUCAGAAUAAAAUACUCGUCAUGGAUGAAGCUACAGCCAACGUGGACCCUAGGACUGAUGCCCUUAUCCAGAGAACAAUACGAGAGAACUUCGCAAGCUGCACGGUUUUCACAAUAGCCCACAGGCUGCAUACAAUCAUGGACUCGGAUCGUGUCAUUGUCCUUGAUGCCGGUCGUAUCGUGGAGUUUGAUGAGCCUUACAAACUCAUGAAGUCCGAAUGUAGCCAAUUUACUAGCAUGGUUCAGAACACAGGCCCUUCUAUGGCCCGCCAACUAUGGAAUAUGGCUCGCGAAGCUUAUGCACAGAGGUGGUCACACUCCCAUCACGAAGUUACGCGUCAUGAUAUGGAAUACAUCGAAGAAAUACCGCCAUGGUUUGUGCCCUCGCGCCCGGAUGUAGUCAUGUCAGAUCGAGCAGCGGAAGUCAUCCAAGAAGAAGAUGGCGAAGAAGGCCAGUGCUGCACUAGCCUGUGACCCUAUCUGUCAAGCGCUACAGAAUACAGACAGAAAACAUAUACUUUCCUGAGAAGAGGACACUGCCCUGCGUCACGUGCGGAUGCACUGGUUGCACUUCUAGGCAAUGAUGUGUCCUAGAAAACGAGGCUCUUAUUUUUGUACUUUUCUUGUAGUUGAUAGUAGAAAGUAUUUCAAUAGAUACGCCCUCACAA